AAAACAAAACAAUUCGAUCAAAUCCCUAGAUGGGAAAACGAAAAAGGAGAGGAAUUUCAUCGGAGAGCGAACCUGAAACCAGUAGGAAUCGGAGGAUUGAGAAGGUUGCUCGCCGCCGUCGAUGCAUUGGCCGGGGAUCUCGAACAUAGAGAAAGUGAACUGCUUAUCCACCACCCCGACAUCGAAGUGAAUCAACCCCGUCUUGGGAUCGUCGACGCGGAUCCCUUUCACGGGGAACCAGAGGAAGAGCUCCUGCUGCGACAUCCCGGAGAGCUCCUGGAUCUUGCCCGGGGACAGGAGGCCGGAGAUGUUGAAAUCGUAAUGGAGCUGGUUCUCCAGCUUGACGUUGCAAGGCUGGGUGAGGUUUAUCUGGAACCGCCCCGUGGCUGAGUCGAGGGAGAAGUUCGUUAUUCCCUCCGGGAAGAGCCCGAUCGGAAGGCCGUUGUUGUUGAGGUAGUCGUAGAUGGUGGGUGCUUUGGCCGCCGCCGCCGCGGCGGUGGAAAUCGAGAGGAAGAGGCAGAGCAGCAAGGGGAAAUUGUUGUGGAGGAUUUCGCAGGGCGGCCAUGGCGUGGGAAGGAUUUUUUUUUUCCCCCUGGCUUUGCGAGGGUUUCCUCCUGGCUGAAGAAAUGGGGG